AUGCCCAAAUAUUCAUCAUCGUCAUCAUCAAAAAGAAAAUAUAUACUACCUAUCACCUUACUACUACUACUAGUAUUCUUCCUCACUUUCUUCAAAAUACCAAAUUUAUUAAAUCCAGGUACAAAUAUUCAAGAUGUUAUUUCAACAAAUUUAAAUUUACCAAAUGAUAAAAUUUUAGGAUUAAGUAAAAUUUUAAAUAAUGAAAAUUCCAAGAAUCAAGAUGAAAUUAUAAAUAAAAUUGAAAAAUUAAAUAAAAAAUUUUUUCAACAACAAGAAAUUAAAUUAAAACAAUUAGAAGAACAAAAUAAAUUAAUUUUAAAAGAAUUAAAAGAUUUAAAAGUUCCAAUAUCAUCAUCAACAAUAAGAGAAAAGUUAACAUUUGCUUAUUCUUAUAAUCCAGAAUCAAAAUUCCCUGCAUAUAUAUGGCAAACUUGGAAACAUGGAUUAAAUGAUGAAAGAUUUGAUGAAAAAUUUCGUCAAGGUGAAACUCAAUGGGCUUUAAAAAAUCCUGGUUUUGUUCAUGAAAUUUUUAAUGAUGAUACUGCUCAUACAAUGAUAAAAUAUUUAUAUAAACAAAUUCCUGAAGUUAUUGAAACUUAUGAAAUUUUACCUGAAGUUAUAUUAAAAAUGGAUUUUUUUAAAUAUUUAAUAUUAUUUGCAAAAGGUGGUGUUUAUGCAGAUAUUGAUACUUAUCCUAUACAACCUAUACCAAAUUGGACUCCUGAAAAUGUUUCACCAUUAGAUAUUGGAAUGACUAUUGCAGUUGAAAUUGAUUCAAAUUCUCCUAAUUGGAGACAAGAUUCAAUAAGAAGAUUACAAUUUGGACAAUUUGUUAUACAAGCAAAACCAGGUCACCCCAUUUUAAGAGAAAUUAUAGCAGAAAUUAUUGAAUUUACAAGAUUGAAAAAAUUAGAAAGUAUGAGUAAUAAUAAUAAUAAUAAUAAUGAUGGAAUAUUAAGAUUAACAGGAAAUACAAAUCAAAAAUCAAAACAAAUUAGUCAAUGGACUGGUUCUUCAAUAUGGACAGAUGUUAUAUUAAAAUAUUUUAAUGAUUAUAUAUUAUCAUCAGUAUUUAAUAAAGUAACAUGGAAAGAUUUUCAUGAUUUAAAAACUCCUAAAUUAGUUAGUGAUAUAUUAGUAUUACCUAUAAAUUCAUUUGCUAGUGAUAUUGAUAUUGAAAAAGAUGGUGGUAAUGAAGGUAAAAAAAUUGAUCAUUUAGCUUUUGUAAAACAUUAUUCUGCUAAAAUUUGGAAAAGUGUAUAA